AUGGUGGGCGUCCGGGACUGCAGGGAGGCGGGCGUUCGAGGCUGCAGGGAGGCGGGCGUUCGAGGCUGCAGGGAGGCGGGCGUUCGAGGCUGCAGGGAGGCGGGCGUUCGAGUUCUUCUGUUGACUGCUGUAGUAGUGCUCUGUGUGUAUUUCACCACUGACAGAAACCGCUUACUAACACACAACUAUAACUUGACCAAAGAAAGAGCGAAAAUACUUACAGAAUACACUGAGAUACUAAAUCAGAAGAGAAACUUGACUGAAGAAAGAGAGGAAAUCAAAAACAAGAAUGAUGAACUCCAGGAAGAUUUAACAGUGACAAAGCAUCACAUCUCUAACUUAACCAAAGAAAAAGAACUGUUACUUACAAAACUACUGGAGAAAGAUCGAUGUAAGAUGAAAUCUAAGAGUGUGUCUGAAGAAAGAGAUCAGUUAAUGAACGAAAGAAAAAAACUGAACAGAUGGCUCACUGAACAAGAUCAGCGCUCUGAUAACUUUAAAUGGGUUUAUUACAACUUCAGUUUUUAUUACUUUUCAUCUGAGAAGAAGAGCUGGAGUAACAGCAGACAAGACUGUAAACAGAGAGGAGCAGAUCUGGUGAUUAUAAACAGCAAAGAGGAACAAGAGUUUUUGCAGAAAUCUACAGCUGGUUACUACUUUUGGAUUGGUCUGAGGAAAAAGAAAGAAGUGUGGAAUUGGAUUGAUGAAACCACAUCGUCAACAAGUUUAUGGAUGAAUGGAUACCCGAGACGUUACAAUAAUUACUGUGCUUUAACAUCUACAUCAGGAUUCGCUGAUGAUUCAUGUAAUUAUAACUAUGGAUGGAUCUGUGAGAACAGAGUUUCAAAUCGCUCAUAGUGUGAUACAGUACGUAUUGCAUAUACAGACAAUGAUAUAACAUUUUUUUAAUACUGUACCAGUAUCUCUGUUUAGUCAUUUGUGUUGAUUGUUUCUUGUUAUGUAAGUAUUCACUACAUUAUAGUGUACAAUCUAUUGAAUAUUUUAAUGUAAAUACAAUAUAUGUAUGUAUGUUUUAAAUUGAACAUUGUGGCUGAAUUUGAAAUAAGACUUUUUGACACAGAUUAACUGCAAAUGUUCCCUAUUAUGUAAAGGUUAAAUUAAGGUUAUAUAAUUGUUAAGGUUAUAAAAGCAUGUAAAGGUUUGUGCUGACCUGUAGAAUGUCCGGAAGAAUGUGAAAAAAUCUUUUAGAGCUGUCUGUCAAAAUCGUAAGAAAGGGUUGACGUGUUUUACCCUUGCUUCAAUUGUCAUGUCCACCACAGCAAAUAGUCCUUCAAGGCUCACUGGUGCGACUCACUUUCUCAAUGUAACGAGCUCUGCACCGAUGCCAGCCACGCCACCCGCAUCAGCGCCUUCGCCCGGCUAUUCCCGCUCUCUCUCACCGGACAUUUAAUAUCACAGACUACAUACACAGCGACUGGUCAAGUUCUUGAGUAGUCUUUUGUUACGUAGCUUGUUUCUAGUUCUGACCCUUUAUUACCUGUGGAUGUAUGCUUUCCUGUGGAUGUUACCUGUGGAUGUAUGCUUACCUUUGGAUGGAU